AUGGGAGACGCGGAAUUGAAAGACCACAUUGAGGGGCUCUAUGCUAAGUUUUUGACGGGGGACGAAGCUGCUGGCAAGGAAUUUGCAGCUUAUGUUCGUUUAAAUGCCGACGUCCCUCUUCAUGCACAACAAUUGUUGGCUUACAAGAUCCAAAGCCCGUUAGAAAAAGAAGCUGUCCGAGGCCUGGAUCUGUUGGAAAUCUGCGUUCGAUCCUCUGGAAAACUCUUUCACAAUGAAAUCGGAAAAUAUAGAUUUUUAAAUGAACUUAUCCGCGUUGUCUCUCCAAAAUAUCUUGGACCAAGGUCAUCACCGCAGGUUAAAACUAGAAUUAUUGAAUUGAUGUAUGGCUGGACUAUUGCAUUAAAAGAUCAAAUAAAGAUUGCUGAUGCGUAUUCAAUGCUGAAGAAACAAGGCAUCGUCAAAAAGGACCCAAAAUUUGACGACAGACGAUUUCUCCCUACUCCUCAACCAAAAGAAAGGUGCGCAUUAAUAAAAGACGAUGCUGAGGAAAAGCGACUGGCGGAACUUCUUGCGUCCAAGAAUCCAGAAGACAUCGCCCUUGCAAAUGAAAUGAUCAAAACCAUGUACGAGCAAGACAGUAAAAAGACCGAGCGAGAGGCGCGCAAGAUGCUUUUGAUGACAGAAGCGAAGGAAAAAUACAUGCUCAUGGAUGAUAUGAUUGCUGCUGGAGCUACAGCGAAAUCGGCGAUGGCAACAGUCUAUUCGGACUUGGAAUCAAUGAGGCCACAGCUCUUCCGUCUCGCGUCAGAAGCAAAUGAAAACAACGAUGAGUUGAUGGCGGUCCUCAGGUUAACAGAUGAAGUCAAUCGAGUCAUCAAUGUCGUGAAAGAUAAAUACCCCGAUGUAGUGGAGCUUUCGAACGCUUCUACGCCAACUUCAAAUGGCAGCAGCGUUCCAUCAUCUGGCCUCACUGCAACAUCAAGUCCUGAUACCCAAACUUCUCGCCUCCACGACCUCGGCGUCGACUUGAAUCUUCUCGGCCUCGAGGACGAUCCUCCAUCGAACAGACCAGCUCAAAGUAGUGGAAAUGUGAUCGACGAUUUGAAAACUCUGAACAGCAUAUUUGGGUCCUCUCCAAUAGGAGGAGCACCUCAGCCAACUCUGCUCGAUAUUAAUCCAUCAGCACCUUCUGUAUCCGCCAUGACGAGCCAAGCAAGUCCCCAAAUUGCUGUCUGCCCAACUCCAUCCGAAGUGGCGGCUUUGACGGGAAUCAAAGUCAAUCUCGCUGAUUUCCAGGCUUCUUCGACGACAAGAACUCUUGUUGACGAUGAUGGAGUCAGAGUCAUCCUUGUCCGAGGAGAGAAUAAAAUUCCAGACAGAAGUGAUGUCUCUGUACUGUUAGUCACUUUUGAUUCGACAAAUCCAGCACCUAUCGAGAAUUUAAUGUUCAAUGCUAAAGUUGCAAAACCUUUCAGAAUAAAACUAUUACAGCCAUCAGGCAACGAGUUCCCUGCGUUCAACCCCGUUUCAUCAACUUCUUCGCGCAUUACACAAUUGAUUCUAGUGGGAGGCCGUCCUUCCCAAAUCAACUGGCAGCUCUCGUUCGACAUCAACGACAAUACUUUAUCUAAACAAGGAGUUAUAAACUUGUAG